CGCGAAACCGGCACUGGCACCAGAGCCACUGAACUGAGAGGUGGCACUCUGUCCUCUCAACCCUGUGCAUCCCCGAUUCUUUCGAAGCAGCAAUGGCGAGAGAACACGGAUGGUGUCGGACAACUCUACGUUAUUCCCACGUUAAGAUAUGCGUGGGGAACAUCCGGGGAAAAGGGACACUAACCUGAAGGGGAAACGCACACCUGAAGCAAGUGACAACAGCUGCGUCGUUGCCCGUGCGAACAAAUGACUCGAUUUCGCCAAAUCUAAUAAUGCCUCUGAACUAUACAUUACAUAUUUUUUAACUCUCUUUCACACAGAUAAGCAGACUCGAAUGUGACCAAUAAGUAUGUAGUAAGUAUGGAUUUAGUCUGUCCCUUUCCGCAACUGUGUCCGACUUCGCCUUCCUUCGCUCUUUUUACUUUUAAGGAUUCGCUAGCCUCUCCCGCACGCGGCGGCGGCGGGGUGGAGCGACGCGCUGAGAUCUGGCGGCGGCGCGGACAAUGGAAAAGCUUGGCCGGUAUUUCCAUUGGCCACGCAAGCACGUGAGACCUCACCGCGCGAGAGACCGACCUUCGCCUGUCCAUCCAAUCACCUUUCGUCGCCUAAGGCCUAAGUCCAUGCGCUUCUCCAUCACAGCUUCCACGACGGCGGAAACCACGAUGGCCACGGAGCCUCCGACGACCACCUCAGGGCCGGACCGAGGAAGUACCUCAACGCCUACACCCACAACCACGGUUGAAAUUACAACAGUUUCUGGUACGACUCUACCUACAACAACAGAAAUUACAGGCCCUACAACAACUGCAGGUAUCACAACUACAGGAUCUACAGUUACAACCACAGAAGGUCCAACAACAACAGCUGGACCUAUGGUUAUAACUACAGAAGGUCCUACAACAACAGUUGGACCCACAGUUACAACUACAGAAGUGCCCGUUACAGAACAAACGGCGCCGACAACGCAAGCUCCAGAUGUAGAGACUACUAUUCAAACUACAACUAAGGCCCCAGUUACAGAACCUCCAGUAACAGCAGCACCAACACAAGCCCCAGAUACAGAAACAACCACGAAAGAACAAACGGAACCACCAGUGACACAGGCGCCCGAUACAGAAACUACCACGAAAACUGAAGUAACUGCAAAACAAACGGAAUCGCCUGUAACGGCAGCACCUGCAACGCAGGCGCCAGACACAGAAACUACCACGAAAGCUAAAGAGCAAACGGAGGCUCCAGCAACAGCAGCACCAGCGCCUGAUACAGAAACCACCACAAAAGAGCAAACGGAGGCUCCAGCAACAGCAGCACCUGCGCCUGAUACAGAAACCACCACAAAAGAGCAAACGGAGGCUCCAGCAACAGCAGCACCUGCGCCUGAUACAGAAACCACCACAAAAGUAACUGCAAAACAAACGGAAUCGCCUGUAACGGCAGCACCUACAACGCAGGCGCCAGACGCAGAAACUACCACGAAAGCUAAAGAGGAAACGAAAGCUCCAACAGCAGCUCCAGCGCCAGAUACAGAAACUACCACAAAAGCUCAAAUAACUACAAAACAAACGGAAGCGCCUGUAACGGCAGCACCUACAACGCCGGCGCCAGACACACAAACUACCAUGAAAGAGCAAACGGAAGCGCCGGCAACACCAGCACCAGCGCCAGAUACAGAAACUACCACAAAAGCUCAAGAGCAAACAGAAGCUCCGGUAACUGCAGCUCCGGUAACUGCAGCUCCGGUAACUGCAGCUCCGAUAACUGCAGCUCCUGCACCAGAAACUACCACAAAAGCUAAAGAACAAACGGAAGCUCCAACAGCAGCGCCAGCACCGGAAACUACCACAAAGGCUAAAGAACAAACGGAGCCACCAGUAACUGCAGCACCUGUACCUGCGCCUGAGACUACCACAAAAGCCCAAGAGCAAACAGAAGCUCCAGUAACAGCGGCACCUGCACCGGAAACAACCACAAAAGCUAAAGAACAAACAGAAGCACCAGUAACUGCAGCACCGGUACCUGCACCAGAAACUACCACAAAGGCUAAGGAAGAGCAAACAGAUGCCCCAGCAACAGCAGCGCCUGCACCAGAAACUACCACAAAAGCUAAAGAGCAAACGGACUCACCAGUUACUGCAGCACCGGUACCUGCACCAGAAACUACAAAAGCUCCAGAACCAGUGACAGAAGCACCCGCACCGGAACCUGUAACGGACGCCCCAGUAGAAGUGACCACAGCCCAGUUCAACACGUCCGGUUUCACUGGGUCUGUCUCAACAUAUUUCACCAUUGGGACAAGCGACUCCUCUACCAUUACAAUAUCCUUUGGAGUGGAAAUCAUUCUAAAGAUGACAAAAGAGAAGACCUUUACGUUCGUGUUUGUCCUGCAGGUGCGCUCUUCAGGCACAGUUACAGAAACCUUCAGCUCCAUGGCGUCGUUAGCAGCGUUGAGUGGUGUUCGACAAGAAACCGUAAUGGGCAGAGCAGAAGUGAACGAAGAGGGAACAGACACCACCACUUUCGUUUCGGCACUGGACAGGCAGAACAAAACGUCCACAAGCAACAACACAGAGUGUCUCUACACCAUGGAGGUGAUCCUGAUGAAAAUCCAGUUCACUAAUAAGCUGACAGGCGAACUAUACCCGUGCGAUUUGGACAACCAGGCGAAUGCUGAGCCCCCCUAUUUGGAAAUUAUAGACCAUUAUAACAACACCGUCAUCAAUAGAUAUUGUUACCUGGACAAAAAUGUGAGCAUCCACUCAUUUGGCGACCAGAUGUUUGGCUAUAUUGUGACCAACGGAGAUCCAAAUAUUGUUCCAGACAUUCAGGCGGUUCAAAUAAAGGAAGAAUUCUGUUGUGGCGGCGUGUUCUAUGGAGCCUUCCGUGUGCCACUCAUCAUACCGUCGCCGGAUUAUCCUCAGUACAAACCCCACAUGCGAUGUCCUUUCGUCUUCAGGUGCGACGAGGACUACGACGACUGCGUCAUCCGUCUCGAAUUCGAAAACUUCAACCUCGCCUCCAACGACGUCAGCCGAAGCCGUCGCCAAGCGCUGAACGAAAGCGACUUCGGGAACGGGACAGCUGCCACCACCCUCGCCCCGUACGUCCCGCCGACCGGACCCGACUUCAACCGGACGAUCUGCGCCGGCGAGGAUGUGGUUCGGGUCAGCCAGUGCGGGUCCAUCUCGGCGAUCAACUCUCGCGAGUUCUGCGCGGACAACCCUCCCUCGCAAGUCUACACAGGAUACAAAGAAGUGCUGAUGUAUUUCGACUCGAAUGACGAAAGGCAAGACCAGGGCUUCGUGAUCAAGUUCACGCCGAAGGACAGGAGGAAAUGGAUUUAUUCUGACGCCGAACUCGAGCCGAAGUGCACGUGCGCGCACAAUCUUCCCAACCAAAUAAGAAAGUACUUUAGAAAGAGGAAUAAGAACAAGACCAAUAAAGCGAAGGCAAACAAGGAGCCUCUGCGCCGCGUGAGGAGAGAAGAAAGGGAAAAACUGAAGGAGAGGAGAACGGUCGAGAAGGAAGGUAAACUCCCCGAAAGGAGGAAGAGGAAGCAAAAGAAUGAAGAAAAUAAGGACAGGAGCACUAACGACCAGGGCAAAAAGAGAGAGGAUGACGUCGAAGGCCCAAAGAGGAGGAGGAAGAAAAUGAAGAAAAUGGAGGGAGGAGACAGCAACACCGAGGGCCAAAACAAGGGAAAGAACGGAAGAGACAAAGAGGAGAAGGACGGCGAGAAACCACAGGGAAGGAAGAAGAAGAGAAUGAAUGUAGGAGACAAAGACAGAGACGCCGAGAACCAAAAGAAAAAGAAUGGAGGAGACAUCGAGGAGAACGUCAACGGUCCAAAGAGGAGGAGGAAGAAUGGAGGCGGAGGGAACGAGGAGAACGCCAAACGCCAAAAGAGGAGGAGGAAGAAUGGAGGCGGAGGGAACGAGGAGAACGCCAAACGUCAAAAGAGGAGGAGGAAGAAGAUCGGAAACACGAAUGCAUCCGAAAACGAAGGAGGGAAUCAGAGAGAACAAAAGAAGAUCGCGAAGGACAGACGGAAGGACACAUUACUAGAGAAGAAGGAAAAGAGACUUCAAAGGAAGAAUAAAAAUGGAGAGGAAGACAUGCCUAUGACACGAGCCUUUAACGGGAAGACGAACAGGAAGCGGCAGCAAUACCCGUGGCUGGUCAGCGUGAUACAAUAUGAGCGACCUCUCGUGAAAAACAAGGUCAAAGGUGAUCGCCCUGUUGAGAGACUCUGCGGUGGAACACUCCUGAGUGACAGAUACGUCCUCACUACGACCUCCUGCUGCACCUAUUGCAAAACCGUUUGGGAAAAGAAAAAUAAGAAGAAUAUUAAAUUGCGGAAGAAGAGAGACGCAGAAGGAGAGAACAAUAAGAUGGCAAAUAAGAGAAAGAGAAGGAAGAAAGAGGAAGACAAGAAGGGCGAAGUAAAAGAAGGAGAAGACGACAUGGAUACAGAGAAGAAAGGAGGUAACCAGAGGAGAAGAAGAAAGAACAAGAAAACAAACGAGGAAUUAGAGAACGGUGGCAACAAUAGGGACAAAGACGAGAAAGCGAAGGGAAUUGGCAAAGGAAAAGGAAUGAAGAGAGGAGACAAGAAGACCGACAAGGAAAACGAUAAUGAUGAUGAUAACAAAGGAAAAGGAAAAGGAAAGAAAAAAGGAGACAAGAAGAACGAUAAGGAAAACGAUAAUGAUGAUGAUGACAAAGGAAAAGGAAAACGAAAGAAAAAGGGACACAAGAAGAAGAACGACAACCAAAACGACAAUGACGACGCGAACAAGAACAAGAAAAGACGAAAAGGAGAGAAGAGAGGCAACAAGAAGAAAGAAGACAGAGAGAAGGGCGCCGGGAACGGCCAGGGGGACACCGCCCCCCGGCAGAACCAGAACAAGAGGCGCAACCCACUGAAGAAGGACGUGGGCGCGAUCAUCGGCGAGGGCAGCAUCAACAUCAAGAAACUCGGGGACGUCAAGCCACUGAAGAUCGGCGGCAUCUUCAUCCCGAGCGAUUGCUACGACAAGAUGGGCAAGACGGAGCUAAACGGCGAACCCCUGUACCCGGUCGAGUGCCCCGUGCUACUGAAGCUGAAGAAGAAGGUGAAAUUCAACAGGUUCAUUAAGCCCAUGUGCAUGCCGAUUUUCGAUAAGAUCAAAAUCAACAAGGAGAGAGCAGCUUCCCUGGGCUACGGGACCAGAAAAGCGUCGAAGACAGAACCCUCCAAGAUACCGGCUGAAGUGAUUAACAUGCGCGUGCUGAAGAAGUGCGAGAAGAGGCUGAAGAUGAAGCUGGACAAGACUAUGAUCUGUACGAAGGGAAAGAAAAAGAGCGGACACAUGUGCUUCUUCGACGAGGGAGCACCUCUCCUGAACGUCAAAGUAACAGGCAGCGGAUACAAGCAACAUGCUAACCUUUAUGGUGCCUUGGUUGUGCCUAGCUGCCAGCUUGAAGACAAGAAGAAAAAGAAGAACCGCAGAGAGAAGCGAGACACUGACGAAAACGAACCAAAGGAGAAGAGGCGAAAGCUGAGACGCAGGAAGCAAGAGACGCCAGGCACCGCGACUGCAAGCAAACCGAGGCAAGAAGCGAAACGACAAGGAAAGGAAGGCGCCCCUGGAGAUCGCCCGAAGAGGAAGAAGAAACUGCGAAAGAUGGGAGACGUCGGCGGGGAAGAGUCCCAACAAACGAAGCCCAAGAAGCUAAGAAGGAAGCUCGGGAGGCAAGGACAGAAGGAUAAGAAAUCAAUCCUGCAAGACGGCGGAGGAGACGAAUACAACCCGAGGAAGUACAACAAGUUCUACAUCGACGUCUGGGUGAACAUCAGGAGCUACAAGAAGUGGAUCCUCAACGUGGUGUUCAAUAAGAAGAAGGCCAAGGCGUGUCAGCGACCUAAGCACUUCAAGUCGGUGCCGGACAUUGCCAAGAAGUUCGAGAUCGAAGACCCUUGUCCGUUCUAAGGGUGAAAAGAAGAACGAGGUCGGUCGUAACGGAUGCGAACGCUGCCAAAUACCGCUUAAUUGGAAAUGAUCUUAGGUGAAGGAAUAGAUAUUUUUUUUAUUUAAUGUACAACGCCCAUUGAUGGUCUUAUAUACGGAUUUGCUUAAUUUAAUUUAUCACGGGAUUUGGGUUUAUAUUUCAUGCGUUUCUCUUUUCAGCAUUCUGAUAUAUAUUCAGUGUUUAUAGCAAGUCUGUAUUUUUUUUUUUUAAUCAUAAAUCUGCUAACAGGCUCUACAUUUGGAUGCUAAAUGUAUUUGAGUUACGGAAGCAAAGAUCUAAUACGUCGAUGAUUCAUAAGUUUGGUGGUUAUUGACGACCUAACUUACAUAUAUUGAAAAUAAGGGAAAAUUGUGAAUAAAAAGUUACCGAUGAAA